AUGGAGUACUGCUACGGCCGCGACUUCCUGUUCUGCGAUAUGUGUGGGACGCAGCUUUUGCUGAGCUCGCCAAAGUACGCCGAAUGCCCUUUCUGUGGUUUCAGGCGGCCGGCCAAAGGUGAGGAGGGCUCCCGUUUCAAUUUUGGUAGAAGCUGGUGUUUGGAGGCUUUUUGUGUAUGAUUUGAUGUUCCGGCCGAUCCAGCUCUACGGUACGGUUCUAGCUUUGGGAUCUUUGGUCUCAUCGUGUAGACCUGUGCUUUGGAGCUUGAGAGUGUGGCUGGAGUACUAGCGUAUCUGGUCGGACGAAAUCGUCGCCUCCGACAGGACUCUCUCCUCGGUACUAGCCACUGUGCAUCUCUCGUGAGAGACCUGACGUAGACAGACCGUAUUGAAAUCCUUGAAAAGGAUAUGCAAUGCUUAAGAUGCAAAUGUUUUUUCCUGUCUGAUCGAAACACGAUUCAAAAUAAAUUUUCAAUUACGGCCAUCGUAAAAUGUGCCAAGCUGAAGGUACUACAUGAUCAUGUAGCAUAGUUCAUGAACUGCUAGUUUUGAAUGAAAAAUAUUUAAUAGCUGGCCGAUCCGUAAGAACUAGUGGAAUGCAUACGAUUCGAGUUGUUAAUUGCUAAAUGUCACUUGAAGGUUUUGAUUCCACUAUAUAGUCUUUGUGAACUCGCCUAUGAUUCUUCUUUUCUUAACCUAAAAAAGUUAAUUCGAUUCCACACUUUUUGUUUCUCUGUCUUCUCUGAGAUGCUGGUCUCUAUGUACAUUGAUGUUGUAUGUGCACAAUUCCAAAGAUAUUCAAUUAUGACUUAAACCUUUUCUGCCAAACUCUGGCGUCAUGCAUGGAAUGAGCAAAUUUCCACAGUCAAGUAAUUGCUCACAUGAUUUUAAUAAAGAUCAAUUAUUUUUGUUGGGGGGAGUCUUGAGAGCUGUACUAUUUGUUUGGUCUUUGAAGAUUGUUAUAUAUCUUGUAAAUCAGGUUUUUUUUUUUUCUUUCAUACCUUUUAAGUAUGCGAUAUCUUUUUGUUCCAGAGAUGAAGGGGAGAGAAAUACGGUAUACAAUCACUGCUGAGGUACGUAUUCGGAUUUUGAUAGUGCCUUUGUAUGCCAUCUUCAGAAAUCUGAAGGCUCAUGUAUUUUAGCCACUAUGGCAUUGACUGUCAACAUCUUUAUGAUACAUUAUUAUAAUCAAUACCCAUGAAAUUACAAACAUUUAUUGACAGUACGUUAUGAAAAUGACUGUAACGUUGAAUUUGAGAUCUUGGUAUGCGGAAGUGACCUAUCUAUGCAUAAAUUGUGUGCCGAUUGGUAUAGGCAUAAGAAAUUGGUUUGGCUUCCGAUUAUAUUUCACUUCUGUGUAAGAUGCAGUUUGCCCCUUAACAAAACAGCAAAAUAAAAAUUUUAUGCUCCGGUCUAUCUUGCAAGCUCGAAAUAUUAUGUCUUUCGUUUUGAAAGGACAAUCCUUGAAGAUGCGGAAGUGGACUCUGAAUGAAAAGUUUAUCAGAUAUCAAUGCACAUAAUACGUAGAAUUCUGAGCUGAGAAUCUGAGUGGAAUAAAAGCUUCCUUCAUGCAGAAAUCUUUCACCAGGGAUUUCUCGCAAGUUAUACAUCAGGGUGGAUCCACUCUGACUAACAUGAGGAAUCAAUCAUAGCGCCUGGAGAAUAUCUUCAAGUCCUUAUAAAUAGUUUUGAGAGAGGUAUGGAGAAAUCAAUAAACAACGGUUGGAAACUUCCUUGUGGGCCUGAUGCGAGAGAAAUGGAAGGAAAUUCCAGUUCACCUGAAAUAAAAUUCAAUACAUUAUCACUAAAGUAGAGACAAGAUUGACCCCCUGACUGAUAGUUUUGGGAAAGUAUCAUUGACUCAUUCAUCAACCGUAAGUUGAAUCAUCUCAUAGAAGUUCGCGUCCUUGCUCACCAUCUUUUCCGAUGAUUUUGAUAUGUUUAUGACUUCUACCAGAGCCUACCUCAGUAAAUUAUCAAGGUGAACAUUUUGAUUUGCUACAAAUUAGGUCCAAUUACGAGCCAAUUUGGACCUAUCUGAAGGUUUUGCCGACUUGGGCACCUAUCUGAAUCGGGUGAUUAAUCCGGUGGCUGACCUAACAAAUCUUAUCGAGUCUGGAACGAGCUUGUCUCACGAUAUUUGGUAAUGUUCAAUCCAAAUGCACUUCACUCAGCCAUUGGAUCAGCUUCCCCGUCUGCUAGAAAUGCUUUAUUGAGCUGGUAAGAUCUUUGGUAAUCAAUGACUUCAGCUCGUCCCAAUUCUACCCGAUCGGAGUAUCUAUGGCAUAAAGUAGCAGCUGAUUUCUAUUUUUGGGAGCUUGCCGAAGAGAUCUAGAUCGAGGGGUGUUGAUGUGGUCUGCAUCUUUCAGGACAUCAGGAGGGAGCUGAAGAUCGAGCCGUUUGUUCAGGUCGGGACAGUUCCUGAGCAGGAGGAAGAACUCCGACGUCCAGUCGUAAGUAGGAGUGUUUCAUGUUGGGGCGGCUGGGAAACUUGGCCAGAUGUUAGUUCUCACGGUCUCAUCUCCUCUGUACCAGGCCAACAAGAUUUGCCCCAACUGUGGCCACAACGAACUCGAGUACUACACCAAGCAGGUAAUAGAUUCUACGGAUUGAAUGCACUCCCCCCCUCCCUAUCUCUCUCUCUCUCUCUCUCCCUUUCUCUCUUGCUCAACACACACACGCACACUUUUACAUGCAGAGAUAUCAAUUCUCUCCAACUCUCUGUCUGUCUCUCUCUAACGCACACACACGUACAGCCACCAAUUCUGCAUUCGUCCACUCUCUCUCUCUCUCUCUCUCUCUCUCUACUCUCUUUUUUUGCUAUUGGCUGAUGUGCUCACUCUUGCGUCCCAUGUUGGGCAGAUGCGGUCUGCCGACGAAGGGGCCACGACCUUCUACGAGUGCAGGAAAUGCAAGCAAGGGUUUAGAGAACAAUGA